AUGCCUAAAACGGGUUGUCUUUCCGGGAGACGGAGAGACCAGUUUCGCUGUCCCACCAGGCGCUCAUGUUUGGAUGCAAUUGCACGAUUCACACCCAUCUCCACUUCUAGGCUCAUCCUCCUGGGCAUUCUCCUGCUGGGCUCGCUGUACUGCCUUCAUCUGCUGGCGCAGGACUACCAGAAGAUCCGCCGUCCCGUGCAGACGGCAGCCAAGGUGGCGGCCAAGGCGCUCGGUCUGGACUUCCUGGCCGGCCGGAGACGUCGCGCCGUGGAUGAGCCUCCGGCGAUUGACUGGGAGACUCUCUUGAGACACGAUCCGCUCCUCUGCGCGUCGUCGCUCGUGUGCCAGCUGGCCGCGGGCGCUGCCGUGGACUUCGACGAGGGCGUCGCCAUUAAGAACUUCAUACUCGCCAAUGCCAACGACUCGGCCCCGGAGAAAGUGAAAAAGGCGCGAGAUCUCGGCCGCCGCGCGAGUGGCGCCAAAGAGUGCUUCCAGAAAUUCAACUUCUGCCCCUAUUCGGCCAAGACGAUGCUGCGAAUUGUCCACUUGCAGACGACUUUACUCAGUUAA